AAAACUGGGGGAAAAGUCAAAGUACCGAGGCCCAGUGAUGUCACGUGAUCCGUGCUGCUGUCUUGAUUGGCUGAACGGAAGUUAAUGUGGCUGUGGGUUAGAGGGAGCGACCAAUUUGCUCUGUUUCGUGCUAAAGGUGCAACCACUUUCGUGACAAUGAUGCUCAAAAAGGUCUUCAGAGCCGGUCUGCAGUCGGGGAUUCGUCUGCAGAGCACCAGCGCUGCUGCAGCCACAGCUGCUUCCAACAGCAAUGCUGGAUCCUUUGGCUUCUCUUUCGAGCUGACUGAUCAGCAGAAGGAGUUUCAGCAGCUGGCCAGGAGGUUCGCACGUGAGGAGAUGAUCCCUGCUGUACCUGCAUACGACAGAAGUGGUGAUUAUCCAUUCCCCAUCAUCAAGAAAGCCUGGGAGCUUGGCCUUGUGAAUGGCCACAUUCCUCAGGAAUACGGUGGAAUGGGCUUGUCAAUCUUUGACAGCUGCCUCAUCACAGAGGAGCUGGCUUAUGCCUGCACCGGGAUGCAGACGGCAAUGGAGGCAAACUCCCUGGGACAAAUGCCUGUCAUCAUCGCGGGCAGUGAUGCGCAGAAGAGGAAAUAUCUGGGGAGGAUGACCGAGGAGCCUCUCAUGUGUGCCUACUGCGUGACUGAGCCCGGGGCGGGCUCUGACGUGGCAGGAAUCAAAACCCGAGCAGUGAAGAUGGGUGACGAGUAUGUUGUCAACGGGCAGAAGAUGUGGAUCACCAAUGGAGGGAAAGCUAACUGGUAUUUCCUCCUCGCUCGCACCAACUCGGAUCCCAAAUGUUCAACUGGAAAGGCUUUUACUGGCUUCAUUGUAGAUGCUGACACCCCAGGAAUUCAAGUAGGGAGGAAGGAGAUGAACAUGGGCCAGAGGUGCUCAGACACCAGAGGCAUCACUUUUGAGGAUGUGAGGAUACCGAAGGAGAACGUCCUGAUUGCAGAGGGAGCUGGUUUCAAAAUUGCCAUGGGUGCCUUUGACAACACCAGGCCACCGGUGGCGGCAGGAGCUACCGGCCUGGCUCAGAGGGCCCUCGACGAAGCCACCCACUACGCCAUGGAGAGGAAGACCUUUGGCAAAGCUAUUGCUGAGCACCAGGCUGUGUCCUUCCUCUUGGCUGAGAUGGCGAUGAAGGUGGAGCUGGCCAGGAUGGCGUACCAGCGGUCUGCCUGGGAGGUGGAUCAGGGCCGCAGAAACACCUACUAUGCCUCCAUUGCCAAGGCGUUUGCCGGAGACAUCGCCAACCAGGUGGCCUCGGACGCCGUCCAGGUUUUCGGAGGCAACGGCUUCAACAGCGAAUACCCAGUUGAGAAACUGAUGAGAGAUGCCAAAAUCUACCAGAUCUAUGAAGGAACAGCUCAAAUCCAGAGGCUCAUUAUCGCCAGAGAACACCUGGGAAGAUACAAGAAGUGAAUCCUGCUGCCUUGAAUACCCUCAGUCACAUGUACCUGUAGCUUUUUCUGUACAUAACUUUCUGCUGUUUCUGUAAUGAAUCCAGUCUCAACUCAGGAUGCAUCUUAAACUGUUUGCCUUCACAUGGUUUUAUGCCAACACAUCAGACCCUGAAAAGAGUGGCCUCCGUCUCAUAUCAUGAGCGAUAUAGUAACUUGUUAUUUCACAAGAUAUCACAUGACCCGUCCAAUGAGGUCAUUUCCGUCCAGGUAAAUGGGAUUUUGGAAUCUGAAGAAAAAGCUCUCUGCAGGUUGGAAUAACGGGCAGAGAGAGAUUAAUUCAGACCUUAUUAAAGAUUAAACUAAAGUCAUUUUCCAUUAAUCUAAAGCUUGGACCAGUGAGACUUGAUAACAAAGCUCCCUGUGGGCAUCGGGUGUGCACAUGUGGGAUGGAGACGCGAGGUCAGACUCACCUUCAAAUGUUUUGCUUCUUGUCAUCCUCUCUGCUCUGAUCUGUUGUAAAAUCAAGCAGCUCUCUUCAUGCCUUAUUAUUUCUUUAACAUCUGACUCUUGGUGAAUGUUUAAAAGAUCAAAUUUGUAAAGUAGCUUUUCUAAUGGAAACUCUUUCACCAGAAUGAGACAAAUUAAAGAGUGUAAAGUGCAUGCAGCCUGAGGAGUCUUUGCUGCCUGAGUCUUCGGUUCUUUUUGUGGUUCUAUGAAUUCUCUGGCAUCGGCUCACCCUUAACCUCUGCAGAUAUGUUCAGUGAUGAUGGAUGUAAUACUGUACGUAGGUGUUCAUUUUUUAUUAUUUUUUGACACCACAGGGUUUUGGAUAUGUAUGCCAAUCUUUUAAUAAAUUAUUCCUCUCAGAUGUCUCAAUUUUUUAAAUUUUUUAUAUGGAAAUAACUAAUGAUUAAAA